CCGUGCUUCCCAACACCGCCCUCCCCCUAAUUUUCUCUUUCUUCCCCAAAAGCGCAAACAAAACCAUAAACCCCUUCCCCAAUCCAAAAUCGAUCAAAAGAAACCAUCAAAAGUCAAACGAAAAUCAUCGUAAAGCCCUAGCCGGGGAAGCCCUAGCUUUUCUAGGGUUCCGCCAUGGCUCCUAUCCUCAACUACGAGCUUCACGCCCAACGCCUCGUCGAACCCGAACUCUCGGUUCAGGCGAGGCUUCAAAUGGUGAGGGUCCGAGACAGCCUCGCCCACACGUCCGAGUACUUGAACUUCUUGAAGUGCUAUUUCCACGCUUUCAAGCUCAUCCUCACUGAGAUCACGACCCCUCAGCUCACAGAAAACGCCGAGCACAAGCUCCGCAACGUCGUCGUCGAGAUCCUUAAUCGCCUCCCUCACAGCGAGGUUCUUCGCCCCUUCGUCCAGGACCUGCUCAAGCUCUCUCUUCAGGUCCUCACCAACGACAACGAGGACAACGCUCUCAUCUCCAUCCGCAUCAUCUUCGACCUCCUUCGCAAUUUUCGACCCACAGUUGAGUCUGAAGUCCAGCCUUUCCUCGAUUUCGUAUGCAAUAUUUAUCACAACUUCAAGAACACCGUUGCCCAUUUCUUCAACAACCCGAAUGCCGUCGCGGCGGGGAUGAUGAAGAUGGAAGGGGAUGAUGGGUUUGAUACGCCAGUGGUGCCGUUCGUCGGGGCUGGGCAGCUGAACCCGAGCACUAGGUCGUUUAAGAUUGUGACAGAGAGCCCGCUGGUGGUGAUGUUUCUGUUUCAGCUGUAUACUAAGCUUGUGCAGACGAAUAUUCCCUUCUUAUUGCCGAUGAUGGUAGAGGCUAUAUCGAUUCCGGGGCCGGAAAAGGUGGCUCCUCAUCUGAAGACACAGUUUGUUGAAUUGAAGGGGGCUCAAGUUAAGACUCUUUCGUUCUUGACCUACCUGUUGAAGAGUUAUGCUGACUAUAUAAGACCUCACGAGGAGAACAUCUGUAAGAGCAUUGUGAAUUUGCUGGUUAAUUGUCCUGAUUCAGUUUCAAUUAGGAAGGAACUACUAAUAGCAUUGAAGCAUGUCCUGAACACAGACUUUAAACGAGGCCUAUUCCCUUUAAUCGACACACUUUUAGAGGAGAGGGUUCUGAUUGGGACUGGCCGAGUUUGUAUUGAGACACUCAGGCCAUUAGCUUACAGCCUUCUUGCGGAGAUAGUGCAUUAUGUCCGGAAUGAGCUUUCGAUUUCUCAGUUGUCACGGAUUAUCUACUUGUUUUCGAGAAACAUGCAUGAUUCAUCCUUGACUCUUGUUAUUCACACAACUUGUGCUCGAUUGAUGCUAAACCUGGUGGAGCCAAUAUAUGAGAAAGGUGCUGACCAAUCAAAUAUGGAUGAAUCAAGAAUUUUACUGGGGCGCAUAUUGGAUGCUUUUGUGGGGAAAUUUAGUACGUUCAAGCGAAUAGUUCCUCAGCUAGUGGAAGAAGGAGAAGAAGGAAGAGACCGAUCCGUUUUGAGGUUGAAAUUAGAGGUUCCUAUACAGGCUGUUCUCAAUUUGCAGCCGCCACUGGAGUAUUCUAAAGAAGUCAAUGACUAUAAAAAUCUUAUUAAAACUUUGGUUAUGGGAAUGAAGACCAUAAUUUGGAGCAUCACCAAUGCUCAUCUACCACGUUCGCAGGUUUCACCAUCACCACAUGGGGCACAUCAACAGGUACAAGCUUCGCCAUCGUCCAGUGCUCCACACCUUCAAGUGUUUAAGGGAUUGAAGGAAGAUGAGGUCCGAAAAGCAUCGGGUGUACUAAAGAGUGGGGUUCACUGCUUAGCAUUGUUCAAAGAAAAGGAUGAAGAGAGGGAAAUGUUGCAAUGUUUUUCACAGAUUUUAGCUAUAAUGGAACCUCGGGACCUUAUGGACAUGUUUUCAUUAUGUAUGCCAGAACUCUUCGAGUGCAUGACUACCAACACUCAAUUACUUCAUAUUUUUUCAACCCUUUUGCAACUGCCUAAGGUCCUACGGCCCUUCACUGAUGUUCUAGUAAAUUUUCUAGUCAGUAAUAAACUCGAUACACUGAAGCAUCCAGACACUCCUGCAGCAAAACUUGUUCUGCAACUAUUCAGGUUCUUAUUUGUUGCUGUUGCUAAGGCUCCUACAGAAUGUGAGCGCAUACUGCAGCCUCACAUACCUGUGAUAAUGGACGUGUGUAUGAAGAAUGCAACUGAAGUGGAGAAGCCUCUUGGUUAUAUGCAUCUUCUUCGAAGUAUGUUUCGAUCAUUGAAUGGAGGGAAGUUUGACACGUUGUUGAGGGAUCUAAUACCUUCAUUGCAGCCUUGUUUGAAUAUGUUGCUAGCCAUGAUUGAGGGGCCAACUGGAGAGGACAUGAGAGACCUUGUGCUGGAGCUUUGCCUGACAUUACCAGCCCGUUUAAGUUCUUUGCUUCCUCAUCUGCCUCGUCUUAUGAAGCCUCUUAUUCUCGCUUUAAAGGGAAGCGAUGAUCUUGUGAGUUUAGGACUUCGGACACUUGAAUUUUGGAUUGACAGUCUAAAUCCUGAUUUCUUGGAGCCAAGUAUGGCCAAUGCUAUGUCUGAGGUUAUACUUGCUUUAUGGUCUCACUUGAGGCCUCUUCCUUACCCCUGGGGUACAAAAGCUUUGCAGCUGCUUGGAAAGUUAGGUGGUCGAAAUAGGCGUUUUCUUAAGGAACCUCUUAUGCUCGAUUGCAAAGAGAACCCUGAGCAUGGCCUUCGUUUGAUUCUGACUUUUGAGCCUGAAACACCAUUUUUAGUACCUCUGGAUCGUUGCAUCUAUCUAGCCAUGGCCGUGGUAAUGCAAAAGAGCGGUGGCAUGGAUGCAUUUUACCGGAAGCAGUCACUUAUAUUUCUUCGUGUAUGUUUAACAUCUCUUCUGAAUCUGCGGGGCAAUAUACCGGUUGAUGGCGUGAGCCCUGGUCAGCUUGGAGCAUUGUUAAUCUCAACAGUGGACCCUUCUCGACGACGUACAGAGAUGUCAGAUAUGAAGGUUGAUUUGGGCGUAAAAACAAAGACACAACUUAUGGCGGAGAAAUCUGUUUUCAAAUCACUCUUGAUGACCAUUAUUGCUGCCAGUGCAGACCCUGAGCUUCAAGAUCCAAAAGAUGAAUUUUUCAUCAACGUUUGCCGUCAUUUUGCAAUGCUCUUCCAUGUGGAUCAUUCUUCGCUCAACUCUUCUACCACAGUUGGGCAUCAUGUUGGUUCAGUGCUUUCAUCAAGUGGUAACAUGAACUCUAGAAUGAGAAAUAGUACUUCGUCUAAUCUGAAAGAGCUAGACCCACUUAUAUUUCUGGAUGCAUUAGUGGAUGUGCUUGCCGAUGACAACAGGCUCCAUUCUAAGGCUGCUCUAACAGCUUUAAAUGUAUUUUCAGAAACACUUGUUUUCCUUGCAAGGGUAAAGCUUAUGGGUGCAUCUAGUUUAAGGUUUGGGCCUGGUACUCCCAUGAUGGUAUCCAGUCCGUCACUGAAUCCUGUAUAUUCACCACCUCCAAGUGUUAAGGUGCCUGUUUUUGAGGAGCUUCUGCCUCGUCUUUUGCAUUGUUGUUAUGGAAAUACUUGGCAAGCUCAAAUGGGUGGUGUCAUGGGACUUGGGGCCUUAGUUGGCAAAGUUUCUGUUGAGACUCUAUGUGAUUUCCAAGUAAGUAUAGUGCGUGGAUUGGUAUAUGUUCUCAAAAGGCUACCUUUGCAUGCGAACAAAGAGCAGGAAGAAACGAGUCAGGUCCUUACACAAGUCCUCCGCGUUGUGAACAAUGUUGAUGAAGCAAACAAUGAGUCUCGACGGAAAAGUUUCCAAGGAGUUGUUGAAUUUCUCGCCAGAGAGCUGUUUAAUCCAAAUGCACCUAUUGUUGUGAGGAAGAAUGUCCAAUCAUGCUUGGGGCUUCUUGCUAGCAGGACAGGAAGUGAGGUCUCUGAAUUGCUUGAGCCUCUGUAUCUACCUCUACUUCAGCCUCUCAUAAUGCGACCCCUACGUACGAAGAAUGUUGAGCAACAGGUGGGCACAGUUACUGCUUUAAACUUCUGCCUUGCGUUGAGACCUCCUCUUCUUAAGUUAACUCCAGAGCUUGUCAAUUUUCUUCAAGAAGCCUUGCAAAUUGCUGAAGCUGAUGAAACUGUAUGGGUCACGAAGUUAAUGAACCCAAAAGUGGUUACAACCUUAAACAAACUUCGGACUGCAUGUAUUGAAUUGCUUUGUACAGCAAUGGCCUGGCAAGAUCUUAAGACACCAAUUCACAGUGAACUGCGUUCUAAAAUAAUAUCAAUGUUUUUCAAAUCCCUUACUUGCCGGACGCCAGAGAUUGUUUCUGUUGCAAAAGAAGGGCUUCGACAGGUUAUUCAGCAGCAGAAAAUGCCUAAAGAUCUUCUUCAGAGCAGCCUGAGGCCUAUUUUGGUUAACCUAGCACAUACAAAAAGUCUCAACAUGCCUUUGUUACAAGGACUGGCCCGUCUGCUUGAACUUCUAUCCAACUGGUUCAAUGUCACUUUGGGUGUGAAGUUAUUAGAUCAUUUAAAGAAAUGGCUGGAGCCGGAAAAGCUUGCUCAAACUCAGAAGGCCUGGAAGACUGGGGAUGAACCUAAGGUUGCAGCAGCCAUGAUCGAACUUUUUCAUCUGCUACCUCCAGCAGCUGGGAAGUUUUUAGAUGAUCUUGUGACGAUAAUAAUUGAUUUGGAAGGGGCACUUCCCCCAGGACAAUUCUAUAGUGAAAUUAACAGCCCGUACCGUCCUCCACUUACAAAAUUUUUGAAUCGCUAUGCAACAGAUGCUGUAGAUUAUUUUCUUGCCCGACUUGAUCGUCCAAAGUAUUUCCGACGUUUUAUGUAUAUAAUCUGUUCAGAUGCUGGUGUUCCCUUAAGAGAAGAACUUUCAAAGUCACCGCAAAAGAUACUUGCUAGUGCUUUUGCACAAUUUCUCCCUAAAGCUGAAGGAUCUACCUCUCAUCCUGGUUCCUCAGUGAACAAUGAGGGUGUUAUUGGCUCGUUAACUGAUAGCUGUCCACCUGCAAGCACGGCUGCGAGUUCUGAUGGAUAUUUUCACGGAUUGUAUCUCAUCUCUACUUUGGUUAAAUUGAUGCCUGAAUGGUUGCUUGGUAACCGUAUUGUUUUCGACACCUUAUUGCUUGUUUGGAAGUCACCAACAAGAAUUUCUCGUUUACAAAAUGAGCAGGAACUGAAUUUACUUCAAGUAAAGGAAAGUAAAUGGCUUGUCAAAUGUUUUCUAAAUUAUUUAAGACAUGACAAAUCAGAAGUUGGCGCUCUCUUCGAAAUGUUAUCUAUUUUCUUAUUUCAUAGCCGUAUCGACUAUACUUUCUUGAAGGAAUUUUAUAUCAUUGAGGUGGCUGAAGGUUAUGCUCCUAACUUGAAGAAGAUAAUUCUUCUACACUUCCUUAAUGUCUUCCAGUCAAAGCAAUUUGGACAAGAUCACUUGGUUGUCGCUAUGCAAAUUCUCAUCCUUCCUAUGUUGGCACACACCUUUCAGAAUGGUCAAAGCUGGGAAGUUGUUGAUCCUUCUAUAAUCAAAACAAUUGUUGACAAGCUUCUCGAUCCUCCUGAAGAGGUGAGUGCUGAAUAUGAUGAGCCAUUGAGAAUUGAACUCUUGCAACUAGCCACAUUACUUUUGAAGUAUCUACAGAGUGAUCUUGUUCAUCACCGCAAAGAGCUCAUAAAAUUUGGUUGGAAUCAUCUAAAGCGUGAAGAUAAUUCUAGCAAACAGUGGGCUUUUGUCAAUGUUUGCCACUUUUUAGAGGCAUAUCAAGCUCCUGAGAAGAUAAUUCUCCAGGUUUUCAUUGCUCUUUUGAGGACAUGCCAACCAGAAAAUAAAAUGCUGGUCAAGCAAGCUCUUGAUAUACUAAUGCCUGCUCUGCCACGGAGGUUACCUCCAGGAGAUACUCGAGUGCCGAUAUGGAUCCGUUAUACUAAAAAAAUCCUUGUUGAAGAAGGCCAUUCGAUUCCUAAUAUGAUCCAUAUUUUUCAGCUCAUUGUGAGACAUUCUGAGCUAUUUUACAGUUGCAGAGCACAGUUUGUUCCUCAAAUGGUUAACUCUCUAAGUCGGUUAGGGUUGCCAUACAAUACGACUGCUGAAAACAGGCGACUUGCUAUUGAACUUGCUGGGUUGGUGGUUGCCUGGGAAAGGCAAAGACAAAAUGAAAUGAAAGUUGUGCCAGAUACAGAGGGCCAUGCUCAGUCUAGUGAUGUAUUUAAUCCUAGUUCUCUUUCUGUUGAUUCAAAGCGGCCAUCAGAUUCAUCUGCAUUUUCUGAUGAUCUGAGUAAGCGUGUGAAGGUUGAACCUGGGCUGCAAUCUCUUUGUGUAAUGUCACCAUCUGGAUCAUCAAUCCCUAAUAUUGAAACACCUGGUUCUGUUAGUCAAGCUGAUGAGGAGUAUAAGCCUAAUGCUGCAAUGGAGGAGAUGAUUAUUACUUUUCUUAUCAGGGUUGCAUUGGUGAUGGAACCCAAGGAUAAGGAAGCAAGCUCUAUGUACAAGCAAGCUCUGGAGCUACUUACGCAGGCUUUGGAGGUCUGGCCGAAUGCCAAUGUUAAGUUCAACUAUCUAGAAAAAUUGCUUGGUAAUAUUCAGCCUUCUCAGUCAAAAGAUCCUGCAACAGCUCUGGCACAGGGUCUUGAUGUCAUGAACAAGGUCUUAGAGAAACAACCUCGACUGUUCAUCAGGAACAACAUUAAUCACAUUUCACAAAUACUAGAGCCUUGUUUCAACAGUAAGAUGUUAGAUGCUGGAAAAUCUCUUUGCUCCUUACUGAAGAUGGUUUUUGCUGCUUUUCCCCUUGAAUCAACUAGCACACCCCCUGAUGUGAAACUGCUGUAUCAAAAGGUUGUAGAACUGAUACAGAAACAUCUUGCUGCCGUUACUGCUCCUCAGAUAUCGCUUGAAGCUAGUUCUGCCAAUUCGAUGAUAAGUUUUGCAGUCUAUAUUCUUAAAACCCUGACAGAAGUUCAGAAGAAUUUCAUUGACCCUUUUGUCGGCCCAUUGGUUCGUGUCCUCCAACGCUUAGCACGUGAUAUGGGGUCAUCUGCUGGUUCUCAUGUAAGACAGAGAUCAGACUUGGAUUCCUCAGUCAACUCACGUGCAGCUAGCGAGUCUGGUUCAGUCAUCUCUAAUCUGAAAUGCAUCUUAAAUUUGAUCACAGAAAGGGUCAUGCAUUUUGGCGAUUGCAAACGAUUGAUAGCCCAAAUACUGCAUGCUUUGCUUUCUGAAAAAGGCACUGAUUCCAGUGUCCUUUUAUGCAUACUUGAUGCUGUAAAGGUUUGGAUUGAGAAUGAAUUCACACAUGCUUCAUCUGGUCUUUCAACUGCUGCUCUCACCCCAAAAGAAAUGGUAUCGUAUCUUCAGAAGCUGUCAUUAGUUGAUAGAAGUAACUUCACUCCAGCAGCGUUAGAAGAAUGGGACAGGAAAUAUUUACAGCUUCUUUAUGGAAUUUGUGCGGAUUCUAGCAAAUACCCCUUGUCUGUUCGCCAAGAAGUGUUCCAGAAGGUUGAGAGGCAAUUCAUGCUUGGGCUGAGAGCAAAGGAUCCAGAAACUAGACGCCGGUUCUUCUCACUCUAUCAUGAUUCCCUUGGAAGAACGCUAUUCAUGAGGCUUCAAUACAUCAUCCAAAUUCAGGACUGGGAAUCUGUUAGUGAUGUUUUCUGGCUGACACAGGGACUUGAUCUUCUGUUGGCUAUCUUGGUAGAGGAUGAACAGAUCAAUCUUGCACCUAAUUCUGCACGUGUACCGCCACUAAUGGUUUCAGGACCAAUCCCUGAGCAUCCUGCUGUCCAUCCACAAGUGUCUGAUGCUCCAGAAAAUUCUGAGGGCAAUCCUCUUACAUUUGAUUUCCUCAUAGGUAGACAUGCCCAAUUUUUGAAUGAGAUGACCAAACUUCAGGUGGCCGACCUUGUGAUUCCUUUGAGGGAUUUGGCAUAUGCUGAUUCUAAUGUUGCAUACCAUUUGUGGGUGUUAGUCUUCCCUAUUGUCUGGGUUACUCUACAUAAAGAAGAACAAGUUGCGUUGGCAAAGCCAAUGAUAGCACUUCUGUCAAAAGAUUACCACAAAAAGCAACAGGGUUCCCGACCUAAUGUUGUGCAAGCACUUCUUGAAGGUCUUCAUUUGAGCCACCCACAACCUCGAAUGCCCAGUGAGCUCAUCAAAUAUAUUGGUAAAACUUACAAUGCAUGGCAUAUUUCAUUAGCUUUGCUAGAGAGCCAUGUCAUGCUGUUCAUGAAUGAAGCAAAAUGUUCUGAGUCACUAGCUGAGCUUUAUCGUCUCCUUAAUGAGGAAGAUAUGCGGUGUGGGUUGUGGAAGAAAAGGUCAAUUACUGCAGAAACAAGAGCUGGUCUAUCACUCGUUCAGCAUGGAUAUUGGCAACGUGCGCAAAACCUCUUCUAUCAGGCAAUGGUCAAAGCUACACAAGGGACUUACAACAAUACUGUUCCUAAGGCUGAAAUGUGCCUUUGGGAAGAAAAGUGGAUUCAUUGUGCUAGCCAAUUAAGUCAGUGGGAUGCCUUGGCUGAUUUUGGCAAGAGUGUGGAGAAUUAUGACAUUCUUCUUGACUCUCUUUGGAAGGUCCCUGAUUGGCAAUACAUGAAAGACAAUGUAAUUCCAAAGGCUCAGGUGGAAGAGACAACAAAGCUUCGUCUAGUUCAAGCUUUUUUCGCUCUUCAUGACAGAAAUGCCAAUGGUAUUGGUGAAGCUGAAAAUAUUGUGGCGAAAGGUGUUGAGUUGGCAUUGGAACAGUGGUGGCAAUUACCAGAGAUGUCUGUUUUUUCUCGAACACCUCUUCUCCAGCAGUUUCAGCAACUAGUUGAGGUCCAAGAGUCGGCUAGAAUUCUUCUGGACAUUUCCAAUGGGAAUAAGCAAACCUCUGGAAGUACUAGUGCCGGCGUUCAUAAUGGGUAUGCUGAACUCAAGGAUAUUUUGGAGACAUGGAGGCUCAGAACUCCAAAUGAAUGGGAUGAUUUGUCUGUUUGGUAUGAUUUGCUUCAAUGGCGGAAUGAGAUGUAUAAUGCCGUCAUAGAUGCAUUCAAGGACCAUGCUUCAACAAAUCCUCAACUUCACCAUCUUGGAUAUCGAGACAAAGCUUGGAAUGUCAAUAAGUUGGCUCACAUUGCUCGUAAGCAAGGCCUCAAUGAAGUUUGUGUGACAAUACUUGACAAAAUGUAUGGUCAUUCUACUAUGGACGUUCAGGAAGCAUUUGUAAAAAUAAGGGAACAGGCUAAAGCUUAUUUGGAAAUGAAAGGUGAACUGACUAGUGGUCUAAAUUUGAUAAACAGUACAAAUCUUGAGUAUUUUCCUGUGAAGCAUAAAGCGGAAAUAUUUCGCCUCAGAGGUGACUUUUUGUUGAAGAUGAAUGAUUGUGAGAAUUCUAAUCUUGCAUAUUCCCAUGCCAUAACUCUUUUUAAGCAUCUUCCCAAAGGAUGGAUAAGCUGGGGAAACUAUUGUGACAUGAUCUAUAAAGAAACUCGUGAGGAAAUAUGGCUCGAGUAUGCUGUCAAUUGCUUCUUUCAAGGCAUUAAAUACGGCGUCUCGAACUCCAGGAGUCAUUUAGCUCGGGUUCUCUACCUUCUUAGCUUUGAUACACCAAAUGAACCUGUGGGAAAAUCAUUUGAUAAAUAUCUGGACCAGUUACCUCACUGGGUUUGGCUUUCUUAUAUACCUCAGCUUCUUCUCUCUUUGCAAAGAAAUGAAGCACCUCACUGCAAGCUAGUUCUCUUUAAAAUAGCUACGGUUUAUCCACAGGCCUUAUAUUACUGGCUGCGAACGUAUUUAAUGGAGCGUCGAGAUGUUGCUAAUAAGUCUGAACUUGGGAGAAAUAUGGCACUGGUUCAACAGCGUAUGCAGCAAGCUGUUUCAGGGUCUAGUGCUGGUUCACAUAACAUGCCUGAUGGAAAUGCACGAGCACCCAAUCAUGUUGGGAAUAAUUUAACUUCUGAAAGCCAGAUUCAUCAAGGUUCCCAACCUGGUAGUGUCAGUGGUUCUCAUGAUGGUGGAAGUACUCAAGGACAAGAACCGGAAAAGCCUUCUAUGAUAGAUGGCAGUGGUAAUGCCGGACAAGACCAGCCUCCACAGAGCUCAACUGUGACAGAUGGUGGCCCAAUGCCACUGAGGCGUAAUAGCAACCUUGGUUGGGUAGCUUCUGCUGCUAGUGCGUUUGAUGCUGCAAAGGAUAUAAUGGAGGCUCUUAGAAACAAGCAUCCUAAUUUGGCUGGUGAACUUGAGGCUCUACUAUCUGAAAUAGGUUCAAGAUUUGUAACUCUUCCGGAGGAACGUCUUCUAGCAGUGGUUAAUGCACUCCUCCAUCGUUGCUAUAAGUAUCCAACAACCACUACUGCUGAAGUCCCCCAGUCUCUGAAAAAGGAGCUGUCUGGUGUUUGCAGAGCUUGCUUUUCAGCAGAUGCUGUGAACAAGCAUGUUGAUUUUGUGAAAGAAUAUAAACAUGAGUUUGAGCGCGAUCUUGAUCCGGAGAGCACAACAACAUUUCCUGCCUCCCUUGCUGAACUGACAGAACGGCUAAAGCAUUGGAAAAAUGUCCUUCAGAGCAAUCUUGAAGACAGGUUUCCUGCUGUCUUAAAGCUUGAAGAAGAGAGUAAAGUAUUGCGUGAUUUUCAUGUUGUUGACGUGGAACUUCCAGGGCAGUACUUCACCGAUCAGGAAGUUGCACCUGAUCAUACCGUGAAGUUAGAUAGAAUAGGCGCUGAUAUUCCAAUAGUGAGGAGGCAUGGAAGUAGUUUCCGGCGUCUGACACUUAUAGGUUCUGAUGGGUCCCAACGACAUUUCAUCGUGCAGACAUCACUAACUCCAAAUGCCAGAAGCGAUGAACGCAUACUUCAACUGUUCCGGGUGUUGAACAAAAUGUUUGAUAAGCACAAGGAAUCGAGGCGCCGCCAUCUAACUAUUAAUACCCCAAUAAUCAUACCUGUGUGGUCACAGGUAAGAAUGGUGGAGGAUGACCUUAUGUAUAGCUCAUUCCUUGAGGUCUAUGAAAUCAACAGUGCGAGGCACAAUCGAGAAUCAGAUAUGCCAAUAACCCUUUUCAAGGAACAUCUUAAUCAAGCUAUCUCGGGGCAGAUCUCACCAGAGGCUGUUGGAGAACUCCGGCUUCAGGCCUAUAAUGAGAUUACCAAGAAUGUCGUUAAUGAUAACAUCUUCUCCCAAUACAUGUACAAGACUCUGCCAAGUGGUAAUCAUCUUUGGGCCUUUAGGAAGCAAUUUGCCAUCCAGCUAGCACUUUCCUGUUUCAUGUCAUACAUGCUGCAGAUUGGGGGGCGGUCCCCAAAUAAGAUUUUGUUUGCCAAAAACAGUGGCAAGAUAUUCCAAACUGAUUUCCAUCCAGCUUAUGAUGCAAAUGGAAUGAUCGAGUUUAAUGAACCAGUUCCCUUUAGGCUAACACGAAAUAUGCAGGCAUUUUUCUCCCAUUUUGGUGUGGAAGGUCUUAUUGUAUCUGCUAUGUGCGCCGCGGCACAGUCUGUGGUUACACCAAAACAAACACAGCACUUAUGGCAUCAGUUGGCCUUGUUUUUCCGUGACGAGUUGCUUUCAUGGUCAUGGAGAAGACCGCUUGGGGUACCUUCUCCACAAAUUCCCACAGCUGGUAUCAACCAAUUGGACUUCGAGCAGAAGGUGACGACUAAUGUGGAUCAUGUAAUCAGUCGUGUCAAAGGAAUAGCUCCCCAGUACUUUUCUGAAGAGGAGGAAAAUACAACAGAUCCCCCGCAGUCUGUACAAAGAGGAGUCACCGAUCUAGUGGAAGCAGCUCUGUCGCCAAGAAACUUGUGCAUGAUGGAUCCUACUUGGCACCCUUGGUUCUGAGUUUUGCACAGCAUUCAUUAGUUUGUUCGGUAUCUCUGUGAGCAGGUAACGUGCGGUAUGACUUACAGGAUAGGAUAGUCUUUUAACAUAAUCUGCCCUUGUAAAAGAUGCGUGUAGUUUGUAGAAUUGAUGAGCAGGUUGAAUCUAUUGUUGUAAAGUUGUAUGUUCUUAAUCAAUACUCAGAAGUAGCGUUGCUCAUUCCCUUUGUAAGUUUGUACAGUUUGCUCUAUGAGCUGCCGAGAAACUAAUAUAUGAUAUGCAAAGCUCAGAUUUAGUGAAU